AUGAAAGUGCCUAAAUUUUUCGUUUUGCUCGAUCUCGACAAAAGAGCAUUCGGCACAUCGCCGUACUCUACCGGCGAGUUUCGCUUCAUACGAAAGGCUUACACGCAUGGGCCUGUAACCUUAUUAAUUCAGCGUAGUGAGCAGCAACAGAUAGUUGGAAUCUGA